AUGUUAUUUGGGCACGAAAUAAUGGAUAUUAUUCUUCUCAGUCGCCAUCAUAUUUAUAAAGUACUUGAAGAAAGGCGUCAUGAAGUGUUCAAGCUACGUAUUGCUGAAAGUGAGGUGGGUACUAGUUCACCUGUAGUUAUUAGCUCUCCUUGUGAGCCAACAGUUGCAGUUCCCGCGCUAGCAUCUAAUAGCAAGUCCACAACUGAGCCUGCUGUCACUUUUACUAAUCCAGUAGUCACUAAUGUGAUAGUAACUCUCGAGAAUUCUGAAAAUACAGGAGAUUCUCCAACAGAAUGUACAACUACUGCUCAGAUUCCAUUGACUCCAGAUGUUGUAAGCCCGGCUGAAACGCUUGAAAUUUCAUCAAACAGUGAAGUACCUAAUACUGGUGACCAAGGAGAAUCGUCGAAUACUACUACUAAUACUACAGCUGGUCAGAGUGAAACUCAGCCUACUACAACUAGUACAGCAGAAAAUAUAUCUAAUCUUGUGGUAUCAAAUACUGCACCAACUAGACCACCUGUAAUGAUGACUGACGAAGAAACUAUUCAGUCAUUAGUAGAAGGUGGAAUGGAUCCGUCCUUUUUAGAUGCUUUACCUGAAGAAAUGCGACAAGAAGUAAUCGCUGAUCAUCGAUAUGCACGACAAGUUCAACAGCAGAUCAGUUCAAUGUCAUUACCGGAGCAUAUUAAUUCAGAAUGGUUGACUGGUCUUCCACCGCAUAUCCAAGAAGAGGUAUUGGCACAAUUUCGUCAAGAACAACAACAACAACGUCAGUCUUCAGCACAACCACCAACUACUCAAUCGACUAACACUAAUCCAAGUGAACAACUUACUCAACCAGCAACUUCACAGAGUAAUACUGAUAGUAAUACAGCUUUCCUAGCUUCUUUACCGCCUUCAGUACUACGUGAAGUUUUGGCUGAUAUGGAGGAGUCACAGUUUGAGACGCUACCGCAGCAUCUUGUCACUGAAGCUAACCGACUACGUCGUGAACAUGAAGAACGUUAUGCUCGUGCUGUUCAAAAUGGCCUUCUGUCUCAUUCGAAUGAUACAAGACCUGAUCAUAUUUGGCGUAAUUUCACCACAGCGUCAGGAUUAAUCGGUGGACAUGGACGGUGGGAUGUUCGAUUUAAUUCCAUUAAUCAGUUUCUACGACAUCUUGAUAGCGUUGGAGGUUCAUUAGGUUCAAAUAAUUCAUUAAGUGUUCGUUCAGCUGCCGGUAUAUGUGGUCGUGAAUUAGUUGAUCAUGAAGGAUUAACAUGUAUAAUUGUUGUACUUAUAUCCAUGUCAACAUGUUCUUAUCAUAAAAAACAUAUUGUACCAACAAUCAAAAGGGUUCUGCGUAAUCUCGCGUGUCAUACUAAUACACGAAAUUGGAUUGUCAAUACACUUAUAUCCUUAUUUAGUGGAUUGUGCGAAAAGCCAUUGUCAAAUUUACGAUUGACUCAUACUACAGACAAUUACGAAAUGAUAACCAAUUCAAGUAGAUUCAAUCAAUCGUCUUCUUCAACUACAUCAACAGUCGAAGGUGAAUUCGAUUAUUCUCAGAAAUCUUCAUCGAAUUAUAAGAAUAAUACCUUAUUCAAUGCUGGAUUUGAAGCUGCUUUAGGCUGUUGGGUUAGAAUUUUUCAUCCUGUGCCUCAAAAUCCAACAGUUGCAUCUAGUCAUCCACAGAAUAAUGAUGAGUCGCAUACUAUAGGCUCAAAUUCAACCAAUAAUAAUCCUGUUCGAUAUAUAAUUCAUCCACAAGCAGCAGUUUCUGUUGCAGGUGUUCUCCUGGAAACAUUGAAUGAAUUAACUCAAUCAUUCCCAUCACAUUUCUAUCCAGCAGAAGCAUCUCAAAUAUCAGAAACAACAAGUGACAUGAAAUCACUGCCAUUGUUAGCAUCCUCAUCUCGUGUGGUGACUUCACAGAACAUAGAUAUUCCUACUACAUCUUUCUGGGAAAUAUUCAGUCGGCUUUCUCAACCAACAUCUCCUGCUAGCAGUACCACUACUGGGUCUACAACAACAACUACACGUCCUUCAAUCCGUCGAACACGAAUAUCAUCACGGAAACGACCUCUGUCAAUUUCUGAUAAACAAUCGAAUGAUUCACUUCUAGAGUCGACAUCUUCAGUAAAAGUAUGUGUGAAUCCGUAUAAUUCAUCAUCUCAGUUAAACACCACCACCUCGGCUGAUACAUCGUUUCCCGCUGAGAAUACUGAAAAUGAGUCUGUCAAAGAAAUACACGAUGCUGCUGCUAAACAGCAAAACAGCUCGAAGUCUACGCCAAAUUGUUUCAUUGCACUAUCUGAAUUACUCUGUCAUCAAAUGUUACACGAUCGUCCAGUGAAUCAAGAACGCCUGGUCAUAAUUAUUGCUGGUAUUGUUAAAGAUUUCCUGCUUAGCCGAUCACAUUCCGAUAUAUCUGUUGCACAGGCUUCAACGCAUCCAAAUAAUUUAAUCACGCCUACCACAACUGUCAACACACUGACUGGCAGUUCAAAUCAACAGGCCCCUACUUACAAUCCCGUGGAUCGACCGGCAACUUCAUCAUCUGUCACAAACACCUCGCCAACUACACCUGUCCCAGAGACUCAGUCAUCAUCUGUUGUGUCAACACUUUCGACUACUUCAACUAUUCCAAGUCGACCGAAUGAUCUUAUGGAUCCUCUAAGAUCACAUGUUAUUGAAGCUACAUGCCAGUUGGUGUUAGCUCCAAAGUUCACUGAAAGUGCACGUGCUAUAACCUCACAAUUAUUAACUGAUCUUGCUCAUGCAAAUCACCUUAUGAAGGAGACAAUUCUACGUUUGUUAUGUGAUACAGCUGGUCAGUUGAUCUCAAAAAUAUCUAUUCAGCUACAGAGUCUUAUUCUUGAAGUUGAUAAUCGCUUGAAAGACGAACUACCUGUACAAUCAACAUCAAAGCAGUAUCAAAGUAAACCGUCUACAUCUCGUUAUCCACCGGACAUAAGUCGUAUUUCUUCCUUUGACACAUUGCCUGAUCGUUUUGGUACUCCGGGUCAAAUGGUUGUCGUAUCAGGUGAUUCUCGUCAACAAGCGGCUGCUGCUAAGUUCACCGAUCUCCAGUUAACUUCAUCAGAGCCGUUCACAUAUCCUAACAAUGAUCAAUGUCGUCUUCGUGGUGUAUUAGGUUUAAUGUUACGCAUUUCAGCUGGUGAUAGUUCAUUGGUUGGAACAAAGUCAAUCUCUGUGUCAUCAAAUGAUCUUCUAAGCACUGUACCUGGGGUCAAUGAAUUCUGGAAUUAUAUGUGUCAAGCUUUUGAACGACUACAAGCUUUAAAUGAUCAAAAUGCUGUUCUCUUAUUACAGCCUUUACUGGAAGUAUUUUGUUUAGCUCAUGUACACUUGCUGAAAGAUUCUAUCCUUCUACGUCAACGUCCAACAAAUACUCGAUCGAAUCGAAGCAAUUCGUGUUCCACUGGUGCAUCAAGUUAUAUUGACUUGGUACCUUUAUUGCAUAUAUGUGUUGAGUCGUCAUCUCAAUCAGAAUUUGACUCAAAUCGAUCAUCAACUACUGAUCAUCUUGGACAUUUGUAUUUCGAUUUAGGUGGUCCUCUGUCACCGAGUGGUACAACUGCAGGAGAGGAUGAAGAGUUAACAAUCGAAGGCUCUGCAACCAGUUGUUGUACACUUACAUCUCAAAAUUCACAAUCGCGUAAUCCUAUUAUACAAUUUGCAGACAAGUAUCGUCGUGGAUUAAGUCAAGUACUUCGUCAGUAUGGAGCAAAUAUUGGCGAGUCACCAUUCUCUGUAUUUUUAGCUUAUCCUCGUGUACUUGAUUUUGAUGUGAAACGUCGUUUCUUCCGGCAACAACUUCAAUCACUAUCAAAUCGUUCAUCAGCUAGUAGUCGUCUUGAUGAUGAACCGAUAACAGUAUCGCGGGAACGCAUAUUUGAAGAUAGUUAUGCUAGACUUCAUAGAAAAUCUGUAAAUGAAUGGAAGCAUAAAUUUGUUAUUCGUUUCCUAAAUGAAGAAGGUCAAGAUGCUGGUGGUCCAUUGCGUGAAUGGUUUUUAUUAAUGAGUCGAGAGAUAUUCAAUCCAAACUAUUGUCUAUUCCGUGUUUCACCAGCUGAUCGUGUCACGUAUACAAUUAAUCCAAGUUCAUAUAUAAAUAGUAAUCAUUUAUCAUAUUUCAAAUUUGUUGGACGUUUUAUUGCUAAAGCAAUAUACGAUAAUAAAUUAUUGGAGUGCUACUUUACACGAGCAUUUUAUAAGCAUAUUUUAGGUGUACCUGUUAAGUGUUCUGAUCUAGAAAGUGAAGAUUAUGAAUUCUUCAAAGGUUUAGAAUUUCUCCUAAGUCACAAUGUAUCUGAUCUGGGUUAUGAACUAACCUUUAGUACUGAGAUAAAUGAAUUCGGCAAGACGGACACUCGAGAUCUUAUUGAAAAUGGUCGAAAUGUACCAGUUACUGAAAGUAACAAAAAAGAGUAUGUUCGUCUUGUGUGUCAAGAACGUAUGACUGGGGCUAUACGUCAACAGUUGGAUGCUUUCUUAAGCGGUUUCUAUGAUAUCAUUCCAAAACGUAUGAUUAGUAUCUUCAAUGAACAGGAAUUAGAAUUGUUGAUCAGUGGUCUGCCUAAUAUCGACAUAUCUGAUCUAAAGGCGAAUACAGUUUAUUCAAAGUAUCAACCGAAUUCACCACAGAUUGAAUGGUUUUGGCAAGCAUUGGAAUCAUUCGAUCAAGAGGAUUUAGCACGUUUUCUUCAAUUUGUUACUGGUACUAGUAAAGUCCCACUGGGUGGAUUUACAAACUUGGAAGGAAUGCAUGGAGCGACUAAAUUUCAGAUAAGUCGAGCAGCUAUAUCAAGUACUAGUCAUUUACCGUCUGCGCAUACUUGCUUUAAUACACUUGUAUUACCGGCCUACGAAAACUAUGAACAACUGCGAUCAAGACUUUUAAUGGCUAUACGUGAAUGUAGUGAAGGCUAUGGGAUGGCGUAA